UGAUUGACUGCAUUCAACCGCAUCUUUAGAGACCGAUUGACUGCAUCUUUUGUAUUAGUUCAAGAUCGGCUGCUUUACACCACAAAACCGACUGACAAUAUUUUAUAAUUAUUUAUACUGACAAUUUUGUGUUUUACCUUUAUGUUCUAAAUCAGUACAAAAUUAUGAUUUGCUUUUUCAAAUAAAUUUUCAAUGUAGAAAAACAAUUUAUAUACUACUAUUUUCUGAUUAACAUUUAUGAAAGUUAAUAAAUGUUCUUUUUCUCAAAAUCGAUAAAUUGCGUUCAAUUGAAGAAUAAAAAUGUAAAAAGUAAUUUGGUGGUUCCGGCCGGGAUCGAACUGGCGACCUUCUGCGUGUAAAGCAGACGUGAUAACCGCUACACCACGGAACCUUGUUAUGUCGCACCAGAUGUUUUGAAUUUAACGUUUAUCUAGUACACGUGUGUUUGUCGAGUUGCUCGUUAGUAAAUUAUUACAUGCUUUAACAAACAGUGGUGGAAAUCCAAUACAAUUCUAAUUAGAAUAAUCUUGCUUUCGUUUCGGUAUAUUUGAGUAUUUAUCAUGGGGAAGAGAUAUUAUUGUGCUUAUUGUGACAGAUCCUUCAAAGAUGAUCCGGAGGCUAGGAAGAAGCAUCUUUCUAGUUUACAACAUGCCAAAAAUCGUGCAGACCAUUACAAUAUGUACAAAGAUCCAGAAGUUAUAUUAAGAGAAGAGUCCACAAAAACGCCAUGUAAGCGUUAUUUAACUAUUGGUGACUGUGCAUUUGGUCUUGGAUGCAGAUACUCUCAUUAUACCCCUCCAAUGAUAUGGGAGCUUCAACGACUUGUUGCCAUUAAAUAUCAAUCAAAGUUGAAUGUUGUACCUGAAAAUGGAUGGCCAAAUCCUGAUGAUAUUAUCCAAGAAUAUUUUCAAGAUACCAUGAAUUCAAAUAAUACAGAGGAAAUUAAUUAUCCAAUGUGGUAUAGACCAUUAGAAUUACAUGACUAUUCUAUGCUACCACCAUCAUUAUGGCCUAUCACACCAGAAAGCUUGGCAGAUACCUCAACUUUCAAGGAAUGGGGUUAAAAAUAAGAUACACCAUCUCCCGGGUCGGGUAUGAAUCAGACUCGGCCGCACUCGGUGCUAGUCGGUAAGGUUCGUGACUGCCAUCUGUCCC